CCUAGUCGCCAUUGUCAAAGAAUGGUAAGAUCAAGCAGAGCACAGGAUAAUCUAGGUACUCAUACAGGCGACACCACUACCACCAGAUUGACACCUACCGAUCCUUGAAGAUGGCUUCGAAUUUCAGUUCAAUCAAUUUUGAGCAUAAGAUCCCCGAUCUGAAGGGCAGUUUCGACAUCACAUGCCCACCCUCAACCGAUAUUUGGGACAAACCCCCUUCGACUCACUCCUUCAAUGCCCCUAUCAUAUAUCAAACCACAACUAAGGAUGCCCUUAAGUCAGCCAAAGUGACAGCCUCGGCUAGCUGGAAGGACAAAUACGACCAGGGCGGUCUCUGCCUGGUCAUCAAAUCAUCCGACACCGUACGCUGGGUGAAGACGGGUAUUGAGUUUGUCAAUGGACAAUCCAAUGUGAGCACUGUCGCCAAGGACAGAUGGUCCGAUUGGAGUCUGAGGCCUCUGCUGUCGGAAUCGAGCAAGGAGGCAACCAUUGAGAUUGAAAGCGCCGACGACGGUAGUCUAUGGGUGUGGCUGUUGAGCUCUGAUGGUCAACGCUCACCUCUACGAGAAGUUACAUGGUGGGGAGACCUCGACGGGCAGACUGAAUGCGAUAUAGGUGUUUAUGCCGCCAAACCUGCUCCACACGGCGAAAAAGAUGACCUGGUGGUACAUUUCGACGGCCUUGAUAUCCAGACCAGUUGAGGCAGAGGACUGACUCUUAGCUUUUGGUCAUGUGUGAAUAGGGAUGCCCCAGUCGUUGCAGUAUAGACCAGUAUACCCCAAUUCACUUGCUGUUUCUUCCUGAAUUGCGCUUUUCCAUGUAUGAGUCAGAGGGACUUUUGAAGCAGACUGUCACUUUCAGUCACUGUUCCUCGGAAGUAACAUCGCUACUGACACUUCCUUCCACAAGUCCAAACUGCGCUGGCCUGCGCAUCACAAUUCUGGCUUUCUCGAGCAGAAUACCUACGUA